CCCGUCGGCUUUACAGAUCAUACUGAAUCCAACAGUGUUCUAGAACAGUCACAACUAGUUCUCAACGUUGUUUUUUAUUUUUCAUCAGUGCUUUACUACUACUCACCGUUCAAUUCAAAAAUGGCGUUCAUACAGUGCACACUCGCCGCUCUCCUGUUGCAUGUGGCUUGCGGAAGCUAUCUGGCUCACCGCGCUGCCGCUUACCACGGUGUUGCACCCGCUGCAAUCGGUUACCACCACGGUGGCGCACCUGCUGCUUACCACCACCAGGGUUAUGAAGAUGCCCAGUCUUAUGACUACGCUGCGUACCCGGCAUACUCGUCAGCCAGCACCUAUCAAACCGACUACCCUAGCUACUCCUCGAAACCCGUCGACUACUACUCGCCGCCCAAGUACUCUUUCAACUACGGCGUGAAGGACUACCACACCGGUGACGUCAAGGACCAAUGGGAAGAGAGAGACGGUGACGUUGUCAAGGGUGAAUACAGCUUGGUCGAACCAGACGGUACCACACGCAAAGUCACGUACACCGCUGACGACCACAAUGGUUUCAACGCGGUCGUACACAAGUCCGGCACUGCCCAUCACCCAGCCCAGGUCGCCCACGCACCAGUCUACCACCACGCUUACCGCCGUUGAGAUCAAUUAAAACGAAUCGCCCAAACAGUAAACCGUCGGUCACCGCGGUCGUUACCAUACGUUAUAUUAUUAGGCAUUAAUUUUUUUUUUUAGGCAUACGUUUAUAAGCGUAUAACGUUAAUAUAUAAUAUAUUAUAUAGCAUAUAAUAGUAGAGUUUUUACCCAUACCAAAUCAAAAAUAUAAAAAACACAUGUACAUAGGAGUUAUCUAAUACCUAUUAUACGUCUUAUUAUAUUCUUUUUCUUUUUCUUUUUCUUCUGUUUCGUACGGUAUCUCUGUUACGGUAUAAUAUUAGUACGACGAUCGUAGUAUAUUAAACUGCAUAACAUCGCCUCAACUAAUAUCGAUUCUUUUCGUCUCCAAUCGUCAUUUUUCGCUAAAAUAUGCAUAAUUCUAUUAUUAUUUUUACAAAUUUUUUACACGCAUUAAAUCAAGUAAACUAUAUUUAUAUAUUAUACGGCCCUUCGCUUCGUCAAUGAUCUCUUUUCGAUAUAAUUAUUACACGAUAACCGGAUAACCCGACGUACCUAUAUUAUAGGUCGUAUAGCUUAAUAUAUUGUUUCGUAAUUAUAAUAUUUUAAUAUAUCUUUAGAAUGAGGAACUUUUUUUUACUUUGAAAUCAUUUUUCAUUUGUUUUUUUACACGGUGU